AUGGCUUCCUCGAGCUCCAAUGGUUCCUCUGGGACCGAGGCGCGAGAGGUUCAGGCCAUCCUGUCGCGCAUGCGUGACAAUGCCGGCCAACCCACGGAUAAAGACCUCGUGCCAGUCUUCAACUAUGUCAUGCGCCCCUCCACUUCGGCCAGCGACGGUGCGGCGUCGAGCUCGACAACAGGAGCAAGCUCAUCUUACGGUCCAGAGAGCCACUGGUACUGCUCCAAGGUUCCCAGUGAUCUCUAUCGAGAUGCGUCGACGUACCUGAUCUUCAUGUUCGCUUUCAAGGGGGUGGAGUGGAUCAAGGCUCUCGAACGAGUCGUGGGCGACUGCGCCUCCUGCGCCCGCGCGUUUGGUGUCGCCCGACGACAGUUCACGCACCUAUACCUGUCCCGGUUCGCCACCAAGACACGUGCAGCGUUCGGCCUCAAAAUCGACAGCUGGCAGUCCAAUGUGCUGUUGCAGGAGCUCGAGUGUUGUCAACCUUCGUACGGCGCGGCGAAAGCGACCAUUUUGGACCUCCCCCUUCAGUAUCUCCAGCUUCUAUUCAACGAACCAGCGCUUUUGAACAACGCCAAGAUAUCUGCGGCCAUGGACGAGGUCGCCUCGCAGUUCAAGGGAGGCGGCUCAACAACGGCGUCCAGUCUUGGAUUGACCCCACUUCUUGUGCAUCUGCUGGGUUCCAGCGAUGUUCAGAAGCGGACAUGGGCGCGUUCGCAGGUUGAACAUGUGCGCCGCGGGCUUUCACUCGAUGAGUGGGCCGCUGGCGGAGUCGGCACCGAGGUGCAAGCGAUUCUCUUCGGUGACCUCGAUGUUCGAGAACGAUGGUCUGCGGUCAACCUGCUGCUUGGGAACAAUAGGCUUUCUGCGGAUACGAUUCAGCGGGGUUUACUCGAAGGAAAGUACGACCUCUCACCAGCGCGACCGGAUAACACACCGGAGCUUCCGCAUACUCUCUUCAGCGAUAUCAAGAAGAAUCCCGCUUUUCGCGACAUGGUGCUGGCUGCCCAGCCUGCUCCCGCGGCCGACACCUCCAAGGGCAAGAUGAAGGAGAUUUCCUCAGAUGCGCCGUCAGCGCUCGCCUGGAUUACCAACUACUUGCUCUCUGUCAACGACGUACAGAGUAAAGAUGGAAGCUCCGGAUUCUCAGAAGCCCUCGCACGCGUCAUGAGCUUCUGCUUCUCUGAAGCGCAGAAUGAGCCUUUCGAGACUGUUGCUCGAGCGGCUGCUGCGCAGGCGGGCUGCAAUGUUCAUGCUUCCUUCCUUGCAAAUGUUGCGCUGGCCGAACGAGCGGAUGAGUUCUGGAAGCCCGCGCAGCGUGUCGCGCAAGAGGCUGUGUCGCUGAUCUUGCGCUCGGACGGGAAAGACGUGAUUGAGCGUGUGCUUUUCAUGGGAAAGAUUGCGGUGAACGAACGCCGGCGAGUACAAAGGAGGAGGAAGAUGAAGGUUCCUGAUGCGACUCGCGUCGACAAGCUAGCCAGGGUCACAUUCCACAGCGACUUGUGGACGUCGGCAUUCAAUAGCCUUUCGGGCAAAGAUGCCACUGGGCUUACCCUGCUCAUGCAGGCGACUGCCCAGUUCUCCCACAUCGAGCAGUUGGACCGCCACACCGGUUGGAACGCGCGUGAGCUGACGGAGGUGGUUAACGAGGACGACUGGAUCAUGAACAUUCGCCUCAUCAAUGCCAACCUCAAAGCUUCACGUGAUGGCUUCCCUCAAGCACUCGAAUCGUUCGCCGCUCAGCCCGACCCAGCUGUUAAGAACAAGCUCUGGGAGCAGACUGGCGCUGUCAAGUCGGCCAUCAUACUACUCUUGUCGCCAGUGCAAACUAUCCACGACCCAGUCAUCAACCUCGUGCAGCAGACCUUCGCCGAUGUCGAUGAUCGCGGAGACUGUUUCCGGGCUCUCCUCGAGAAGUACCCCAUUCCCGCUAUGGACGGUCUUCUGGCUUUCCUCUCUUCGGCCAUCCAGACCGCUAACGUCGUUCCGGAAGCCUGCUCCCUUGCCAAGUGGAUCGUUAGGUGUUUUACCGACGUCCUGGAUGCCCUGUGCCAACCUGCCGGAGAAUCGCCGCCACUCUUGCAGUCUGACGCUUUCCUGUCCACCUAUGCCGACAACCAGUGGAUGACUCGCCGUGUGGGAACUUUGUGGCAGCUUAUGACGGACACGCUCGCUCUCAUCUUCAAGCGCACUGUGUCUUGGGCCCCGUUCUACGACAACGACGUCAUGGUGGACUGGAUGCGCGACGCGCUCAUCUUCGGUCGCACGAUGACCGAUCAGAUUCGAACUUUCGAGUCGGCAGUCCUGAACCGUACUCGGGCCGCCCCCGAGGAGAGCGCCGAGUCCCCACUCAAGAUGACAAUGGUCGGCAAGCGCCUUGUCGAUAAGCUCAAGGUCGUCCUAGCGGACCUCGUGGGCUGGUUGCGCUUGACUGAAAUCAGCAAAUCCAAGCCUGAUCUCUCGCAGGAGCCUCAACUUGAGAAGACACUUUUGGAGUUGGAGAAGUUCUCGCGUCGAGCCAACAAAGCUUAUAACUGCCGUCUCUCCGAUGACCUUUUAUCGGAGUUGACCGAAUUACUCGACCAGUUUGACCUCCCUAUCGCGGCGGAUGACGAGAUCCAGUUCGUCAAGGAAGUCAAGAGUGAUGAUGUUCAGAGCGUCGCCGAUAAGCUGAAGCGGGCUGCAGUCGUCAAAUCUUCGUCCUCUUCACCAGCUUCCACGCCUGCCCCGACCUUGUCCUCGAAGCCAGCCGAACCUGCUAAGAAUGCGUUCGCCAUGAUGAUGAAAAAAGCAGGAGGUACUUACACCCCUUCUCAGUCAACCACUCCCAGAGCCACGAAGCCUGCGAAGCCUCGCCAGAGGACGCUGGAUGAGUUUGAGAAUGACGACACCUUGGACAAUCUCUCGGCUCACGAUUUGGACGUCUUGGAGCGCCGUGCUCUGUCGACCAACGAGCACAAGCAGGCGCGGGCAAAUGUCGUGACUGGCAAGCCGAAAGAGAAGUUAAUCAUCAACGUUGUGCCGAAAUACGAUCCACCUGCCAGGCCCUCCGCCAGUUCAUCUUUCAAGGGCAAGUUUAUGCGUGAAAUCGAAGCCGAGCACCGGAUGCAGUUAAUGGAGAAGAAACGCGGUGGGGCCACAUCGAUGUUCUCCGGACCGCCUCGUAUUGUCGCUCCCAUCGGUGGCACGGGUCUCGGUGCCUACACAGGUCCGAAGAAGGAGGCACCUAAGCCAAAGAUGGAGGACUCUGGGUCCAGUGCAUCGGAAUCCUCCUCGGACGAAGACGACGAGAACAAAGGUAUCGGGGCUCUCAUCAAACCGAAGAUUCCCACGAAGCCCGCUGCUCCUGAAAGAUUCAGAAUUCAGCCCAAGCAACAUGUCCGACCUGUGCGAGCUCCCGUACCCGAUAUCUUCCGGGAGAGGGAAGAGAGACGACGCCGAAACCAGAGGCUUCGCCCAGACAUCACUCAGCUUUUCCAGAUUGUGUUGUCGUGGGACCCCAACCAUCAAGGUCCCCGACCUCCUUACCAGCCUAAGGAUGCCGAUCUCUACAGCAACCUGCAGCCCGUGCCGACGACAUUUAGGUCGGCUGAGGAAUACUCGCAGAUCAUGCUGCCUUUGUUCCUUCAGGAGCUGUGGGCUCAGUUCAUCAAAGGAGAUGCGCCCCAGCCUCCAGUGACGGUGGAGGUUGCCGCUCGAGCCUAUGAGGACGACUUCCUCGACAUCGACGUCAAUGCUCUCGGUGUUCUCCGUCAAGAUUUCAGCGUGAACGAGUCGGACAUUGUUAUCAUCAAUAUCGAUGGUGUUCCUGGCAAGCCUCUGUUCGCCAAAGUCCGAGGCUUCCGUCGUCAGCACAAGGGCUCAGCCAUCAAGCUGCGUAUUCUGGCAAAAAUGGACCAGCGUGGCAUGGGUGUCAAGGCGAAGCUGCAGCUGAGGAAGCACAUUUCGCUGAGCACUGCUCUUCGAGAGUUCACUGCGCUGAAGGGUUUCCCUUACUACGAGGACAAGGUCCAGAGCGAAGUGCUGGCAGCCAGGAGCGCGCGGGUGCCCGAUAUCAUGCCCCACCAAGUCGAGGACACGAUGAAGAGUUUCCAAGUGAACGAACCUCAGGCCAGGGCUAUUGUAGGAUCAAUGGCUGUGAAGGGCUUCUCGUUGAUCCAAGGUGGCCUCGUUGGCAAGUUCUUGUCUGAGAGGAAAGCUUUCGUUCAGCCCGCACAAGGAGAGGCUCCUCCGAAGGCCAAGCUCCUUGUGUGUGCCCCCAGUAAUGCCGCCAUCGACGAAGUGUGCAAACGUCUCAUGGACGGGGUACCGAGCGCCACCGGUGGCCGCUUCAAGGACAUCAAAAUUGUCCGUAUCGGUAUCGAAAGCUCUGUCAAUGUUGCGGUCAAGGACGUGUGUCUUGAUAAUAUCGUGGAACGCAAGGUUACAUCUGAGGCUGCGCCGCGUGGCGGCGACGGCAGCGACCUCGCAAAGAUCCAGAAAGAGCUCGAUGAGGUCAAGGACGUCAUCAAAGACCGACAAGAGCAACUACAGCGCGUUCAAGGCAAUGACGAGCGCAGGCGAGCCCUCGAGCAGGAGCUUCAUACGCUUAACUCGAAGCGUACUAAGCUUGGUCAAGCAAGUUCGAAGGCGAAGGACGCCGCGCGAGAUGCCACCCGUCACCUUGAUGGUGCGCGCCGCGCCGCCAAGGACGCUGUUCUGAAGGACGCGGACAUCAUUUGUGCCACACUCUCAGGUGCAGGUCAGGAGGUCCUCGCUCCGUACACCUUUGAGACCGUCAUCAUUGAUGAGGCCGCACAGGCCAUCGAAAUGAGCUGCCUCAUCCCUCUCAAAUAUGGCUGCCAGCGCUGCAUCAUGGUAGGAGCUCCCGCCGACGACUUUCAGUCAGGAGGCAGAGCAAAACAAAUUCAAUCAAAGUCUUUUCGUCCGCAUUGCCCAGCAGAAGGCAUCCAAUACCGUAUGCACCCAGAGAUUUCGGUCUUGCCGUCCAAGGUGUUCUACGAUAGCCGACUCAAGGACGGCCCUGACAUGGACAAGAAGACUGUGGCUGUCUGGCACAAGAAGCCUAUCUUCGGUCCCUAUCACUUCAUCAACGUGAACGGCGUGGAGUCGAAGGCUGGCAUGUCUACCAAGAACACUGAAGAAGCUCAGGUGGCUGUGGACUUGUUCCGGAACUUGAAGCAGCAGUUCGGCAGCAGAGUCAACCUGGAGAUGCGCGUCGGUGUCAUUACCAUGUACCGAGAGCAGCUGAACGAGCUGAAGCGGAGAUUCCAGGACGCCUUUGGCCGUCAAAUAUUGGAUACCAUCGACAUCGGUUUCCUGCGUGAUUUCCGUCGUAUGAACGUCGCCCUCACUCGUGCCAAGAGUUCGCUUUUCGUGAUCGGAAAUGCAGCUACUCUGGAGCGCAGUGACGCCAAAUGGAAGACAAUCGUCAGCGACGCCCGUGAUCGUGGGCUGCUUAUUGACCCGAAUGUGCCGCCCGCUGCACAGCACAGACCCGCUUCCGCUAACGGAAUGAGCGCAAACGGGGCAUCCAUGCCCCCUACGGCCCAACCAGCUCAAGGAGUCAAGCGCAAGCCCACAACCGUACCAGGGCAGCGCCCCCCUAAGGCCAUUAAGCGGGAGCCCUCUCCCAUGUCCUCAUCUUCUGCCAUGCGAUCAUCUUCGCCCAUGUCAGACGCCCCUCCUCCGCCUACAUCCACACCGCCUCCCCUGCCACCUGCCGCCGGUCCUUCCGGUCUGCCCAGACCGGCUGCAGCCGGUUCUAAACCUGGACCGCCGCCUCCCACCGCUGGAGGUGCAGGUGCAGGGCCCUCUAGACCGCUUCCUCCAAAGCCCGCCGCCCGGGCUGCAGAGGAUGUCUUGUUCAUGAAGAAGAAGAAAAAGCCAAACCGCCCCGCCACAGGACCUCCUGUCGGGAACGUCCGCGCGACAAUCAACAACCAUCUCGCACGUAAAUAG